AUGCCUGGAGCCGAAAACCACUCGCCAGCUAGCUCUCAUUACCCCCCUUUUAUGCACCUGUUUCCCCUCUGCUCACUCUCUUUCACCCCUCACUCACGCGUCCCCUCUGCUCACUCUCUUUCCCCCACACUCACCCUUUCUCCCCUCUGCCCACUCUGUUUCCCCCGUCACUCACCUUCUUACCGAAUUCUCACUUUUCAUUCACCCCUUUUUCCAAUCCCGCUUCCCCUUUCCAUCUCUCCUUCAUGCCUCCCACCACCUCUCCCUGCCUUCCCUGCUUCUCUCCUUAUCUCCUUCAUGCCUCCCACCAUCUCGUUUUCCUUCUCAUCUCUUGUGGGCCACAUCACGAGGCCCGUCUGCCCUCUCACACUCUUCCUGCCAUUCUCACUCUCGCAAUCCUCACCGCCGUCCCUUCCUUCCUGUAACCAAUCUCCCCUCCCCCCUUUUCCCUUCCUUCCCUCCACUUCCUCCCCUUCCCUUCCUUCUCUCCCCAUCCUUCCCGCCCCUUCCUCCCCUCCCCUUCAUCCCCAUCCCUGCCUUUUCCCACCUGCCCUUCCCUUCUCGACCCCGCCCUUCUAUGUCACUCCUCGCCUUCUGCCCUCCAGUUCAUGUGCAUGUGCUGCCAUCACUUUUGCCCCAUACAUGCAUCUUAUUAACUCAUGUUUACUCGCUUGUAUUCCCUUUUCACCCUCCGUCCCUUCAAAUCUCCCCUCACUUACUACCCAUCUCCCUGCCUUUCCAUCACACCUCCCUGCCUUCUCAUGGAUUUGA